AUGUUGGAGGAAAAGAUGAACGUGACUGAAAUAGGUCAGUCAACGAUGAACGACACUGAUCCGAUCAAUGUCACUUCCACUGGUGGCAAUAACGAGGCUUUACGCGAGCUACUUUAUUGCGGUCAAGGGUUGGAUGAUUUCCACACGAGUUACUCAAACGUUCACGGCAUUGUAUGUCUGUUAGUAUGCACUUUUGGCAGCAUCGCCAAUGUUUUGAACAUCGUUGUUUUAACGAGAAGAGAAAUGCGUUCUCCUACAAACGCUAUCCUGACGGGACUGGCAAUUGCAGAUUUGCUAGUCAUGCUUGACUACUUACCUUACGCAAUUUAUAUGAGCCCUUACACAAAAUUUUCCCGAGAAGAACGCCUCACUUACAGCUGGAGCUGGUAUGUCGCCUUCCAUUCAAUCUUCGCCCAAAUCUGCCACACCAUUUCAAUCUGGCUGACAGUGACGUUGGCAGUUUGGCGAUAUAUUGCCGUAGCAUAUCCACAGAAAAAUCGCAUUUGGUGCGGUAUGACGAACACGCUAAUCGCAAUUACCAGUUCAUAUGUUAUUUGCCCAUUGCUUGGUAUUCCGCUGUACUUAUCAUUUAGUAUUAAAUCCCACGUGGAGUUGUUAGACAUUAGUGGUAACCCCUAUAAAGCGAUGAACAAUGAACCUGCUAGAAAUGUUACACUCUACAGGAUGCUGACGUCUGAGUUGGCAGAAAAGCAUCCAGCGUUGUUGAAUAUAAAUUUUUGGAUUUACAGCGUUGUGAUAAAACUGAUACCAUGCAUAGCAUUAACGAUACUAAGCUUGCGACUAAUUGCUGCAUUACUAGAAGCAAAGCACAGAAGAAAACAGUUGAUGGGAAAUUCCAACGGCAUGAAACAGAUCGUGGACGGACGAGUAGUCGAUCUGCAGCAAAAGAAAAGCGGAAAAAACAUAGAUAAGGAAAAGCAAACCGACCGCACCACACGCAUGUUACUGGCUGUGCUUCUACUGUUCCUUAUCACAGAAUUCCCGCAGGGAAUCCUUGGACUGCUGAGUGCACUGUUGGGCAAGCACUUUUUCUACAAUUGCUAUCUCAAACUAGGCGACCUCAUGGAUGUGCUAGCUCUUAUCAAUUCCGCUAUAAAUUUCAUCCUAUACUGCUCCAUGAGUAGACAGUUUAGAAAUACUUUUAAUUAUCUAUUCCGUCCGAAAUGUCUUGAUAAGUGGCUGCCAAUUCCCCAAAUCGACGAAGGCACACCGAUCGAUCGUCGAAAUCAGGAUGGCGCAACAACUCAGAUAACUCAGAUCUAG